CCACCCUUUGGGAGGAGUCGAGAACUCAAAAUCACAGGUAAGGUUUUUUUUUUCUUCAUUUCAAGACAGCAAGAAAGAUGGGCAACAGCUCCUCAAGGAUAAACAUUGGCUCUUCAAUCCCUAAAGGUGACCCACUAAGGAUUGUGAUGAUUGGGAAAACUGGAGUUGGGAAGAGCGCUGUUGGUAACACCAUCAUUGGCAAAAAAGUGUUCGAAUCUCUACCAAGCGCCUGUUCUGUGACAGAGACCUGCAGGAUAGAACGGGCCAUGGGUCGCAGACAGAUCCAUGUGGUUGACACACCUGGGAUUCUGGACACAACUAAAAGUGCAGAGAAAAUCAAGGAUGAAAUUGCCAAGUGCAUUCAGGUGUCCUGCCCUGGUCCUCACGUCUUCCUGUUGGUCAUCCAGAUCGGCAGGUUCACCGAAGAAGAAGAAAACUGCAUACAGGCUCUGGAGAAAAUCUUUGGAUCUGAGGCGUCGAGCUACAUGAUUGUUCUGUUCACACGUGGUGAUGAGCUGCAGGGAAGGUCCAUCCGUGACUACGUCCAGUCUGGCCACCCCAAACUAAGAGAGGUGAUAAACCAUUGCGGAAACAGAUACCAUGUCUUCAACAACAAGAAAAAGAGGAACAGGACACAGGUGGCAAAACUGAUCAAGAGGAUCGAUGAGGUCGUGGCAGCAAAUGGAGGACAGCACUUCAGUGAGUCGAUGUACAGAGAGGCGGAGCAGACUGUGCAGCGGGAAGGUCUACGUGGUUCAACAGAAAGAGUCAUAGAACAGCAGCCCGCCUACAACUUUGCCUUCAUGGCUGAGCUGCUUCAGAGGGUGAUUCUGUUUCAGGCUGUCCUGGCUGGAGACAGACAGGCCGACAUGAACAACCUGGACCCGUCCCUCGCCAGCUCCUACCUUAACACGAGGCUUGUUGAGUGACGGCUCUCAGUUUCUGACUCCUUUUGUGUUGUUAUGAUACAGAACAACAAUCAUUUAAAAGUUAUAUUCACAAGUUUACAUGAGACUUUGUUAAUGCAGAAAAACUCUAUUGCUAAUCAAACAUUCGAUUGGUUUAUUUGUGGUCAUUUAUCAUGUCAUGAAAAUUACAAAUCAGUAAUAGUCUUUAUGGACAAUCUGCUUUAUGUCCAUUAAGUCACAGGUCUCAGUUUUUUCAUAGAUAAAAGCAGGCGGGGCUCCAAGGAAACAAGGUUGGGGACCACUGAGUAAUGAUGUGCUUCUUUUACAAACAUUUGAAAACUGACUAUCAGGUUUUUGAGCUUUUGCUGUGAAAUUACAAGAUGGUGACGGUUAUGUGUUAUUUUGUCUUUACUCAUCUUUAAGAUUUAUUUUUGGGCUUUUUGUGCCUUUACUGGAGAGACAGAACACUGGAUAGAGUCAGAAAUCAGGGACACAGAGCGUGGGGAAUGACAUGCGGAAAAAGGAGUCACAGGGCAGAUUUGAACCUGUGUUGCCCGCUUUGAGGACUACAGCCUCUGUACAUGGGACGUGUGGGGUGAUUACAAUGUAAAAGUGUGUAACUGAGUAUUGGAACAUAUUUCUGAAGUAUGCUUUCUAAAACAAAGUGAAUGGAGAACAA